UGCUUACGUACGUACCUGCCUGUGCUCGCGGGAACCACAGUUUUGUUUAGACUUGUUCGGUGUAGCUAGUUGUGCUGGUCUGACUGGUUGAGGUAGCUGUGAGGAAUGGCUGAGUGGAACGCUUACUAUCAGAAUGAGGAGGACAAUGUGGAACAGGAGGAAGGAGAGGAGUCUUCUGGUGACUACAAAUACAGUGGACGUGACAGUCUGGUGUUCCUGGUGGAUGCCUCCAAGGAGAUGUUCAUAAAGGGGGAAAAUGGCGAGCCUACCAACUUUGACAUGACCAUGCAGUGCGUGCGCAGCGUGUACACCAGCAAGAUCAUCAGCAGUGAAAGGGACCUGGUGGCACUGGUGUUUUAUGCAACAGAAAAUUCCAAGAACCCUCAAGACUCCUUUAAGAAUGUCUAUGUGUUCCAUGACCUGGACUCUCCUGGUGCAAAGCGUGUCCAGGAAGUGGACAGCCUGCGCGGGGAGAAGGGGGCAAAGCUGGCUGCGCAAAUGCUGGGGAGCGGGCCCACUUCACUGGGGGACGCGCUGUGGUGUUGCUCCAACCUGUACAGCGAUAUACGACUGCGUCUCUCUCACAAACGCUUGAUGAUCUUCACCUGCCGGGACAACCCCCAUGAUGGUGAUAGUGGCCACGACCUGAGCGCCCGCACCAAGGCUGGUGAUCUCAAGGGGACGGGUGUGGUCAUAGACCUGAUGCACCUGGUCAAGCCAGGGGGGUUCGACGUGUCCCUUUUCUUCUGCGACAUCAUUAGCCCUCCUGAGGAUGCGGAAGAGCUGGGGCUGCAGCUGGAACCUUGUGCCAAACUGGAGGACCUGCAGAAGAGGGUUCGAGCCAAGGAGAUGAGGAAGAGGGCGCAGAGCAGGCUACAUCUGUCCCUAGGUGAUGGUGUGCACGUGGCGGUGGGUUUGUACGUAUUGGUGCGGACCGCCACCAAACCAGCACCCAUCCGUCUGUACAGGACAACUAACGAACCAGUGAAUACCAAGACGCGCCUCUUCCACAUGCAAACAGGCACCCUGCUGCUCCCCAGCGACACCAAGAGGUCCCAGGUCUAUGGCAACAGGCAGAUUGUGCUAGAGAAGGACGAAGUCGAUGAGCUCAAGAAGUUUGACGAACCAGGGUUGUUCCUCAUUGGGUUCAAACCUGUGAGCCGCCUGAAGCUGCAUCACCACAUCCGGCCCUCGCUCUUCAUCUUCCCUGAGGAGGAGAUGAUCACAGGCAGCUCCUGCCUGUUCACAGCACUACUGCGCAAGUGCAGUGAGAGGGGUGUGUUUGCCGUGUGCAAAUAUACCUCCCGCCGCAACACACCGCCCCGAUUUGUGGCCCUUGUGCCCCAGAAGGAGGAGUUGGACCAAAACCAGACACAGGUUACACCUGCAGGGUUCCACCUGAUCUUCUUGCCCUUCGCUGAUGAUAUUCGGACGCUGGACGUCCACCAGAGCCCCACUGCAAACAGCAUGCAAAUUGACAAGAUGAAAGAGAUCGUGCAGAAGCUGCGGUUCAAAUACAGGAGUGACGCUUUCGAGAACCCUGUCCUGCAGCAGCACUUCAGGAACCUUGAGGCACUGGCCCUUGACAUGCUAGAGGCAGAAGCCAUUGAGGACUUGACAAAGCCCAAAGUGGAUUUGAUGGAUCAGCGUUUGGGCUCUCUAGUGCAGGAGUUCAAGGACCUGGUCUACCCUGCUGAUUACAACCCCGAGGGAAAGACAGCGACCAAACGUAAACCUGCGGAGGCAGGGGGUGGAGCAGAGAAGAAGCCCAAGGUGGAGGUGUCAGAGGCUGAUUUGAGGGCCCAUGUGGAGAAAGGCACCUUGGGAAAGCUCACAGUUCCAGUGCUGAAGGAGGCUUGCAAGCAGUUUGGGGUGCGCACCACUGGUACCAAGAAGCAGGAACUCAUCGACUCUCUGACCGAAAAAUUGUCAAAAUGAGGGGAAGAAGGGCAGGAGGAAGGGAGGGGAAGGUGUGGGUUCAGCGGUACCAUCUCAUUGGUGGAAGAAAUGAUGGCAAGUAGCUUGAUUGGCUAAUAGCUUGUGGUAGAAGCAGAAUCAAAUAUGGAAAAAUAUACUUGCAACAUCUUAACAGACUUGUAGCACGACAAACUUUUAGUAAACUAUACAGCUUACUGCAGAAAUUCAGGUCUCCUUUCUCAGCUCUGCUAGAGUUGUUCUCCUCGGAUUCGAGUUUACAAAAGCAGGUCCUUCACCAACACACUUCCUACUAUAAUUAUGUAGUUAUUACAUAAGACAGUUGUAAUGAGUGAUAAAUUAUGCAAACUGAAAUUGAUCAAAGAUCAAUCCAGCCUCCACUCACUGUAGCUGGCAGGAGAAACACAUUACUGGUUUCAUUUUGUUUAAGUAAUUUGGCAUUGAGAAGAGUGUUUUUGUAUAUAAUAAGGACUGAAAAAUAUUAUAUGAUUAGUUGAGAUGUUUUGAUACUUGCUUUAUUAAAAUAAGGAGAAGUACUGGUGUGUUUGCAUUG